AUGCCAGGAAACGCACAAUCAUCCGCUGUUGAUUAUGUGACAUCCAAUUGGGCAACUUCAGGCAAAAGCUUUUAUGGAAGUGAGGACAUUAGUUUUGUUCAGGACCCAGUUACAGGAAAUGAGACUGUACUUCAAGUCAAAUAUCCUACUGGUUCUUAUGCUCCCGUCGGCACAAAAACAAGUGAUGGUGUUGUAGGUGGUGUGGAGUUCUUUUCUGUGCCUGACGACGGAAAGACAUAUAACACAGCUCUUUUAAGUUACGAUCUUGCAUUCGAUUCUGAUUUUAAUUGGGUAAAGGGUGGGAAGCUUCCUGGCAUUUUUGGAGGACCUCCUGGUGAAGGAUGUUCAGGUGGUGAAAAGGCAACAGGGUCCAACUGCUUCUCAGUGCGACUGAUGUGGAGGGCCAAUGGAGCAGGCGAAGCGUAUGCUUAUAUUCCAACUUCUGACAGUCUCUGUAACAGUAAACAAGUCAUUUGUAAUACCGAUUAUGGUACAUCGUUUUCUCGAGGUGUCAUUCAAUUCUCUACUAAAAAAUGGACUCGUAUGGAAGUUUAUAUCAAGCUAAAUUCAGGUUCAAAUUCAAAUGGAAUCUUACAAGUAUGGCAAGAUGGUUCACUUAUGAUUAACCAACAGCAUAUCCAAUUUCGCUCAAGCGAUUCUGUUGGUAUUUCCAGUCUAAUGUUCAGCACAUUUUUUGGUGGUGGUUCGUCUGAUUAUGCUACAACACUAGCAAUACACCUGAACCCACUGACGGAAAUGCUGCUUCUACAUUGUCUGCUUUGA